GGCGGAGGGCUCGGAACGACGGAACCCGGGUUCUUCGGUCUGCGGAGCCCACGCCGAUAGCAGCCCCGGCCACACCGAGGCUGGCCCAGGGAGCGCAAGGCGGUGCCAACGAGGACGGAAGAGCAGAGGAGCCGGACCGAACCUGACCGUAUCAGACCUGACCCAGGUCCGGCUGCCCAAGGCCCCGCCUCUCUAGCCUGGGGACUAAUCCGAUUGAAAGCGCGCCGGCCCGGGCCCCGAACUCGCCAAUUGCGGAGGGCGGCGGCCACCGCCCAAUCCGGAGCAGACAGGUGCGAGGUCCGGAAGGCGCAGGCCAAUUGGAAGCGGUUGCGGCCUGCGGGGGCAGGGCUCAGCCAAUAAGCACGCUGGAGUGACAGCUCCGCAGACCAAUUGGGAGUGAGCGGCGCUCAUGCCCGCCCGCCCUUCCGGCCCCGGCUCUAUUUACCAGGGGCGUGCAGCUCGCUUGCCAAUCAGAGUGCGGCUGAGCUGCCGGACAGCCAACCCCUGAGCAGCGGCCGGCGGACCCAGGAGUUGGGGAUGUCCUACAAACCCAUCGCGCCCGCCCCCAGCAGCACCCCCGGCUCCAGCACCCCGGGACCAGGUACCCCGGUCCCUACAGCCGGAAGUGUCCCAUCGCCUUCGGGCUCAGUGCCAGGAGCUGCUGCCCCUUUCAGACCACUGUUUAACGACUUUGGACCGCCCUCCAUGGGGUAUGUGCAGGCAAUGAAGCCACCCGGUUCCCAGGGCUCCCAGAGCACCUACACGGACCUGCUAUCUGUCAUCGAGGAGAUGGGCAAAGAGAUCCGGCCCACCUAUGCCGGUAGCAAAAGCGCCAUGGAACGCCUGAAAAGAGGCAUCAUCCAUGCCCGGGCACUAGUCAGAGAGUGCUUGGCAGAGACAGAACGGAAUGCCCGCACGUAACAGGAAGCACCUUGUCCUCCUCGUCGGGACCUUUCCGGCCACUGCAGAGCACCUGCUUCUCCCUGGCCUUCGCCCCAAGUUGCUUCCUAUCCUGGGCUUCCUAUCCUGUGUCCCUUGGUGGGUGUCCUCCAGGAACCAGGUAGCAGAUCUCCCUCCGGUUGGCUGUACAAACUGGGCUCUCCCCGCUGCAGGAGUUAGGGCUAUCACCAGCCCCUCCUAUGACUGCUCACAGUGCUGGUCUAACUGGAGCUGGCUCCUCACUGCGGGCACUUCACACUUGUCACCACUUUGUCGAAGGCUGGGUACUUCCCUGCCUUGUCCACAGCUGACUCUUUUCUCGGUGUGUCUUUUACUAAAUAUGCCCUUUUUAUAUAAAUAAAAGAUGGUUUGGAGUUGUUCUCUCA